CCACUGUGAGAACGCUGUACAUUUUUUAAACGUUGUACAUUGUUUGGACUUUACGAAUUGGAUGCUGCUGAUCUUUCAGAUUGGGCCUUCUUCUUUUGGGGACUGGAAAGAACAAAAAUAAUCAGGCCCGAUGUGAAAAUUGGGUUUUGGCCGGAAAAGCGAUAUUUAUUUUCAGGGCAAAAGAGCAGAGGGGAAAGUUUUGAAGUUUUGCGAAGGUAGUGUGGCGAGAGACGUCGUGAACGACCAUGGGAAGCAGAAUGGGAAGAAGGGUGGUGCAGUUUGCAAACCUACCCAUAAAACUUUUGAUGCCCAAAACCUUCACCAACAUCCAAGAAAUUGCACUGAAGACCAUUCCUUCCGCUUCGAAGAUCGAAAUCAAGCGUGUUCUUGAAUCCCUCUACGGAUUCGAGGUAGAAAAGGUUCAGACAUUGAACAUGGAGGGUAAGAAGAAGAAACGGGGCGGAUUGUUGAUCGCCAAACCCGAUUACAAAAAGGCUUAUGACACUCUCAAGAACCCGCUCUCCAUUUCGCCCGAUCUCUACCCGAUCCGAAUCAUCGAGGAGGAUAAGAAGAGGGUCAACAAGCAAACCACGUCCAGUNAAGUUUUGAAGUUUUGCGAAGGUAGUGUGGCGAGAGACGUCGUGAACGAC